AUGUCUUCCUUCUACAUUGAGAACAAGAACGUGGGCAACCGCGAGGAAAGCGAGGAUUGGAGAAUUCGCGGAUACAACCCCCUCACGCCGCCCGACCUGCUCCAGCACGAGAUCAAGCAGACUCCUGCGUCCAAGAAGACUGUUGUCGAGGGCCGCAAGGAGGUCGAGGCCGUCGUCAAUGGCCGCGAUGCCAACGGCCGCCUGCUCGUCAUCAUCGGGCCCUGCUCCAUCCACGACCCGGAGGCCGCCCUCGCCUACUGCGACAUGCUCCUUGCUGAGAAGGAGAAGCACAAGAACGAGCUCCUGAUCGUCAUGCGCUCGUACCUCGAGAAGCCCCGCACCACCGUUGGCUGGAAGGGCCUGAUCAACGACCCGGACAUUGACAACAGCUUCCAGAUCAACAAGGGCCUGCGGCUGUCGCGCCAGCUCUUUGUCGACCUCACGAGCAAGGGCAUGCCCAUUGCGAGCGAGAUGCUCGACACCAUCUCGCCGCAGUUCCUGGCCGAUCUGCUGUCCGUCGGCGCCGUCGGCGCCCGCACCACCGAGAGCCAGCUGCACCGCGAGCUGGCCAGCGGCCUGAGUUUCCCUGUCGGCUUCAAGAACGGCACGGACGGUUCGCUGGGCGUUGCCAUUGACGCCAUUGGCGCCGUCAAGCACCCGCACCACUUCCUGUCGGUCACGAAGCCGGGCGUCGUGUCGAUUGUUGGCACCGUCGGCAACGAGGACUGCUUCGUGGUCCUGCGCGGCGGCACCAAGGGCACCAACUACGAUGCGGCGAGCAUUGCCGACGCCAAGGCGGCGCUGAACAAGGCCGGCCUGCCCCAGCGGCUCAUGGUCGACUGCAGCCACGGCAACUCGCUCAAGAACCACAAGAACCAGCCCAAGGUCGCGGCCGACCUGGCGGGCCAGAUUGCCGGGGGCGAGCAUGCCAUCAUGGGCGUCAUGAUCGAGAGCAACAUCAACGAAGGCAACCAGAAGGUUCCCAAGGAGGGCAAGGCUGGCCUCAAGUACGGCGUCAGCAUCACAGAUGCAUGCAUACACUGGGACGACACCGUCGACGUGCUCAGUACUCUGGCAAAUGCUGUGAAGCAGCGUAGAGAGGCCGCCAAGUCAGCGUAA